CGUGUGAACGCGGCGGAGGGCCGCGAAGCCGGGGGCGCCAUUUUUGCACCGGGCGGGAGGCGGAAAUCGGAGGAAGGGAGGCCGCCGGCGCCAUCUUUGCUCUGGGCAAUCAGCCGGGAAAGGGAACGGGAUUCGGCGCGAUGGCCUCGGGCGAUCUGAAGGAGACCCAGCGGGGCCUGCGCCCUGUUCGCACGACGGGCUCCCCCCCGGGUCCUGGUUUUCACCACCCGAGACCAGGCUUGGUUCAACAGGCUCAGCUGCAAGCCAGUUUAACCCAGGUAUGCAGGACACGAUCUGCAAAAACUAUUUCCAAGGUGGCUUAUCAUCACGGAGUCGUCAUAGUGACAUGUUCAGGGUGCAACAACCAUCAUGUGAUUGCUGAUAACUUGGGCUGGUUCUCGGACUUAGAUGGAAAAAGGAACAUUGAGGAAAUCCUCGCAGCCAAAGGAGAGAAAGUGAGGCGGAUGGCAGGCGAAGACGCUCUCGAACUCUUGCUUGACGACCCCAAACAGGUGGAACUUCUGAGCAAAGGAGAAGGAGAAAAAGAUCCAGAGUGAUCAGAACAGAUGUCUUCAAUCGAAACCAGAAGAAAACAAAGAAAACUUCCAUUAAUUAGACCUUUCUUUGAAGCAACACUUUGUGGCAUUCCUUCAGUUGAGUUUUUUCUGUCUUCUGGAUUGUGGGAUUGUUGUUUCUUGACCAAUGCUUUUUUCCAGCUGCACAGGAUAAAGUCUAGCCAUUGAACAUGAUUUUUUUGUACUCUUCUACUGUAGGAUGUGGCAGAGAAGAUGUGACUGAGGUCUUGCACGCAUGUGUGUACUCACGCCUUCAGGCUAUUAAGGUGCUGCCUGUUGCUUUCUCAGAGCAAGAGAAACGACCCUACGUGAGGCAUUCCAGGGAGGGGAUCGCGUUUUCAGUUGGGUUCAUUGUGUAGCUCCAUCUUGGUAGCCCUACAAAUUAGGAAGAAGCGUAAACUAAACCAAAACAAUAAAUCCAGGUUCAUUGCUGUUAAUGAACUAAUA